AUGGAGGGGGUGCUGUACAAGUGGACCAACUACCUGAGCGGUUGGCAGCCUCGGUGGUUCCUUCUCUGUGGCGGGAUAUUGUCCUAUUACGACUCUCCUGAAGACGCCUGGAAAGGCUGCAAAGGGAGCAUCCAGAUGGCGGUCUGUGAGAUUCAAGUUCAUUCCGUAGAUAACACACGCAUGGACCUGAUCAUCCCUGGGGAACAGUAUUUCUACCUGAAAGCCAGAAGUGUGGCUGAGAGACAGCGGUGGCUGGUGGCCCUGGGCUCAGCCAAGGCUUGCCUGACGGACAGUAGGACCCAGAAGGAGAAAGAGUUUGCUGAAAAUACUGAAAACUUGAAAACCAAAAUGUCAGAACUAAGACUCUACUGUGACCUCCUUGUUCAGCAAGUGGGAAAAACGAAAGAAGCGACCACAACUGGUGCGUCCAGUUCUGAGGAGGGAAUCGAUGUGGGAACGCUGCUGAAAUCAACGUGCAAUACUUUCCUGAAGACUUUGGAAGAAUGCAUGCAGAUUGCAAACGCAGCCUUCACCUCGGAGCUGCUCUGCCACACGCCCCCAGGGUCGCCGCAGCUGGCCACGCUCAAGUCCAGCAAGAUGAAACAUCCUAUUGUACCGACUCAUAAUUCAUUGGAAAGGCAAAUGGAGUUAAACAAUUGUGAAAAUGGAUCUUUAAAUAACGAAAUAAAUGACAAUGAAGAAAUCCCAAUGAAAAACAAGAGCUCCUUGUAUCUGAAAUCUGCAGAGAUCAAUUGCAGCAUGUCAAGGGAAGAAAAUAUAGAUGAUAAUAUAACAGUACAAGGUGAAAUAAUGAAGGAAGAUGGAGAGGAAAACUUGGAAAAUCAUGACAACUUGGCCCAGCCCGUAUCAAACUCCUCAAGUAGCUCUCCGGAAUCCCCCUGGGAAGAAGGCCAAGAAGUUAUCCCGACUUUCUUCAGUACCAUGAACACCAGCUUUAGUGAUAUUGAACUUCUGGAAGACAGUGGCAUUCCCACAGAAGCAUUCCUGGAGUCAUGUUAUGCUGUGGUUCCAGUGUUGGACAAACUUGGCCCUACAGUGUUUGCUCCUGUUAAAAUGGAUCUUGUUGGAAAUAUUAAGAAAGUGAAUCAGAAGUAUAUAACCAACAAGGAAGAGUUUACCACCCUCCAGAAGAUAGUGCUGCACGAAGUGGAGGCUGACGUAGCCCGGGUUAGGAACUCGGCUACGGAAGCCCUCUUGUGGCUGAAGAGAGGUCUCAAAUUCUUGAAAGGAUUUUUAACAGAAGUGAAAAAUGGAGAAAGGGACAUCCAGACAGCCCUGAACAACGCGUACGGGAAGACAUUGCGGCAGCACCACGGCUGGGUUGUUCGUGGGGUUUUCGCGCUGGCUCUGCGGGCCGCUCCAUCCUAUGAAGACUUUGUGGCCGCGUUAACCAUGAAGGAGGGCGACCACCAUAAAGCCGCUUUCAGUGCCGGGAUGCAGAGGGACCUGAGCCUCUACCUGCCCGCCAUGGAGAGGCAACUGGCCAUCCUGGACGCGCUGUACGACGCCCACGGGCUGGAGAGCGACGAGGUGGUGUGA